AUGGCGACGACACCCCAGGAAGCGCCGCAGUCGGUGCGCUUCAGCGAUGUCCACGAGGAGAUCCACCCGGCGCAGGCGGUGCAGGAUGUGGCCGGUCUUGCUGGCGCAGAAGACGCACCACGAGAGGGCCCAUUGAGCCCCCAGGCAGAGGCAGAGCUGCGCAACCUUUCGUCGACGCUCCAGAAGGCGCGUCUCCAGACCAAGCGCAUGGAGAACUUCUCGUAUGAGCCCGUCUCACUGCCGCCCUCCCGCGCCCCGUCACCCUCGCCUGUGUCUCGCACCGCAUCCAGCCACUCGACGUCUCACCUCCAGUCCUCGAUGCACUCUCCGCCGCUGACUCCAGCGGGCACAUCUUCGCGAGACGACAAGCAUGACGCCGCCGUACAGCACAGGAAGCUGUCCAGCGAUCCCGCCAUGAUGACUCCACAGGUCUCACCCCCGCACGAGCCUCCGCCCACGUCAAUGGACGCAUCGGUGCACGAGCAACAGCCACAAUCGCAAGCAGUGGCUGCAUCUCAAAUGCCCUCUUCGCGACCAUUCUCCGUAUCUGAUGUGCCUGAUGUAGUCCAGCCUCUCCCAAGACAUGGCCCAACCUUCACAGUCGGCCCUGCUGGUGACUCGUUACCCGUAUCCAGAGAUGCCAGUCCUUCCGGAUCAGCCGGAAGCCGCACCCCUGGACACCACUCGCCAGGCACAACCACUCCGACUCCAGUGACCUUCAGCCGUCCGUUCACGCCUCAUGGUGAUAGAGAUGAUCCCUACUCGCGCUCGAAACGUGCGCCGCAGCCAAGAAACCUCGACUCACUCGAUGCCCGAUUUAUCUUUGGUGGUCGUGAUAGUCGAAAGCGUAACAGCCAUUCGGCAUCCUCGUCUACCACUUCCCUGGCUGCGCGAAACAAAGGCAGCGCCUCGGACAGAGACGACGACAAGAGGUCCAGCGUAUUUAGCAGCUAUGGAAAGCCUUCGAGCCGCCAUAACUCAGAUAUAGAAAGUGACGCUAAAUCUAGCUCGGGUAAACAUCACGGAUCCAUGUCGGAACUCAAGCGUUUCUUCAGGAUUGGACAGAAGCACAAGGAUAAGGACAAGAGCGAGAAGCAAGAAAAGUCUCCGGCGCCGUCUAUCAAAAAGGCAAGGCCCAGCCGGGUGAGUAGAGCAGGUACAAUGACUCCUUCCAUUACUCAGGGAACGGCUAGCGUGCCUUUUGCCGACGACCAUGGCCUCGAAAGCAAGUAUGGGAAAUUCGGCAAAGUCCUUGGAUCAGGUGCUGGUGGUUCAGUCCGCUUGAUGAAGCGCAGCAGUGACGGAACCACGUUCGCUGUAAAGCAGUUUCGAGCUAGGCACUCGUACGAAUCGGAACGGGAAUACAGCAAGAAAGUUACAGCCGAAUUCUGCAUCGGAUCGACUCUCCACCAUGGCAACAUCAUCGAGACUAUGGAUCUGGUAAACGAGAAGGGCAACUACUACGUUGUCAUGGAGUACGCGCCAUUUGAUCUCUUCGCAAUCGUCAUGACUGGGAAGAUGAGUCGCGAAGAGGUCAACUGCUGUACCCUACAGAUCUUCAACGGUGUAAGCUACAUUCACAGUAUGGGCCUGGCUCAUCGAGAUUUGAAGCUUGACAAUGUCGUCGUCAACGAGCACGGAAUCAUGAAGAUCAUUGAUUUUGGCAGUGCUGCUGUAUUUCGAUAUCCGUUUGAGAAUGAGAUCGUACUGGCGAGUGGCAUCGUCGGAUCCGAUCCCUAUCUUGCCCCGGAAGUGUACGACCUUUCCAAGUACGACCCUCAACCAACCGACAUUUGGUCACUUGCUAUAAUCUUCUGCUGCAUGACGUUACGCCGCUUCCCCUGGAAAGCCCCACGAGUCUCUGAUAAUUCGUAUAAGCUCUUUGUAUCCCCGCCCAACGACGGGCCGAAAUCAAUUACUGGUUUAUCCACCGGAGUACAGUCUGAGCCUGCGUCUCCUCGUCAUAGUACCACGAACGACAUCACAUCUUCGGCGAAUGGCCAAGCUGCGCAGCAACCCCCUGUGAUCAAAGGUCCCUGGCGACUUCUCCGUCUCCUCCCCAGGGAGAGUAGACACAUUAUCGGCAAGAUGCUGGAAGUUGACCCCAAGAAGCGUGCCACAUUGCCGGAGAUCAUGAGCGAUAAAUGGAUAGAGAACAGCCAUGUGUGCUCGCAAGAAGAUGGCGGCCGAGUCAUCCGAUCCCCAGGUCACGAGCAUACACUCGAGCCCGGAGCUGGCGCUGCGCCGCCUCCAAAUCCCCCACAGAAGAAGUGA